UGCCGACGUAGAAUGUUGAAUCUUUGAGGUGGUGUAAUUAAGUGCCUGUGUUGUGUUUUUGGAAUUGUGUGCGUUAGUUUUUUUUUUUUUUUUUUAUUUGGAACAAAAUCUGCGAAAUCGCAGAUUUAAAGAGAUGAUUUCAUUUGUAAUGACUUCUCUACUGUUUAUGUUAUACUUCUGAAAUUAUAAAUAUACAUGUUUACGUACUCAUCUAUAUGACCUGAAUGCUGAAAUUUUCUUGAACUGUUGUCGAUGUCCUCUAUCUCAUGUAGACUAGGGAACUCUGAGAAAUCGAUCAGGUAUGGAGCAAGAGCAAUGCAAAAUAAAAACUGAAGAUUUUGAUUUUCCUAAAGAUGAUGUUGAUUCAUCAGUCUUAGAUAGUAGUGAUGAGUUUGAUUGUAUUGAUUUCCCUACUGAACCUGCCAGUUUUGCAUGUGUCAGUUCUUAUGACAUUUCAUCAUCAAGUUUGAUAAAAUCUCCUCUUGUUUCUGAACUCUUGAUUUCCCAUGGUCUGCUAGAAAAUGGGCGUGUUGAAGACCGGCCUUUAUGUAAUACAGAUGCAGAGAGUAAAUUCUGUUCCAUAGAUGAUAGUUAUGGGCCACCAUCAUUUCUUCGAGUCUAUUCUCUGCAACCAUCUGCAAGUAAUUGGAAUGCUGAUGAUGAUGAUGAUGAGAAAGGCGAUUAUAAGUGUGGCUGGGAGUCUUGUGAUAUGUAUUUUAACUGCAGAAAAGAUCUUGCUCAACAUGUAAAUAACUCGCAUAUAUAUCAAGAUGAAAAUUCCUUAUACAGAUGUCACUGGAAUGGUUGUGCCCGUCAAGGAAAGGCUAUCAAUGCUAGGUACAGAAUGUUAAUUCACAUUAGAACUCAUACGCAUGAAAAACCACAUGGAUGUGAUGUUUGUGGAAAAAAGUUCUCUAGGCUAGAAAAUUUGAGAAUUCAUAUUAGAUCUCACACAGGGGAGAAACCAUAUGCAUGUCCUGUUGCUGGUUGCAAUAAAGCUUACUCAAACUCCAGUGAUCGUUUUAAGCACUCCAAAACACACCAAGAAGAUAAACCUUAUGUCUGUCGUGUAGAAGGAUGUGAUAAAAGGUAUACUGAUCCAAGCUCUCUUCGCAAACAUAUGAAAUCAACUGCUCAUGGAGGUGAAAAUAGGCAAAAGUCUAGUUUAACAUCUCAGAUGUCUGGAAAUAAAAAUGGAGAUGUUCAAACUGAAAAUUCUCUUACUGGCAACAAAGAGUUUUCUUGUACGCCUUUAAAAACAACCAUUUCAAAAAUCAGCAAUGCUAAUAAACCGUAUGCUUGCAAAGUAGAAGGGUGUAAUAAGCGAUACACUGAUCCCAGCUCACUUCGAAAGCAUCAGAGAGCUACCUCACAUGGUCGUGAUCCUAAUACAUUUAAAGUAAAACUAGCAGCAGCUAAAGCUGCUAAAAACAAAAACAUUCUUAAUUCUCAGGUAUCCAAUGGUGCCAUUAGUGAGGUAACCAAAAGUGAGCUUCCUAGUAUUCCUGACAAGUCAACCAAAGAUAUAAGCCUGCCACAGAUACCUAAAGUUGACAUACUUAGUGAGAAAAGUAGUACUGAUGAUCCUAAACCUUUGGAUCUAAGUGUUAGUUGUACUUCUUUAGAUGACUGCUCUGUUAGUAAUUGUCCGCCAUUAGAACAGAGUAAACUAAAUUCCUGACUCGAUCAAAAUUUAUAUUUAUAGCAUAUAUUUUGUUAUAAGAAUACUUUGUAUAAACAUAUUUUAUCUAUUUUCAUAUACCUAUAUAAAUAAUAUAUUGAGAUGUUAAUGCAAAAAAUUAUUUGUAAUUUUAAUUUAUAUUUUGGUGUUAUAGAGGACUGUGAAAACAGUUAUUGUAAUUUAUGGUGUAUUUACCAAGGUUAAAGUACUACUUAUUUAAUUCUCAUCAUGAUCAGAUGUUAAUAAGUCUAUGUGUGUGUACAUUUAUAUUUAGAUAUUUGUGUAAUUGUACACAAACAUAAAUGUGAGAUAAUAUGCAUUCGUUAAUUAUAUUCAGAAAAAGCUUACUGGAUCAUGCUUUUAAUUAUUUCAUCAUAAUCCAGUAAAGUGAUAAUUGUAGUGAAAUUUGUCCUGAAGCACUCUAAGCAAGGAUUUAGUAAUUGUUCUUUUGUUAAAUUUUUUUUAAUUGUGUCUUUCUCAAAUUUAAGAAUAGAAGUACAUUUUAUAUUUAAUGGUUACAUUAAUAAGAAGACUUCUAAUCUGAGAGCAAAUGCUAUCUAUUGUGAUCAUAUUUGUUUAGCAUGUUUUAAGUUUUCUGUCUUAAGAAAGAUAAUAUUUUAAUGAACUUGCUGCAAGGGGCAAUUUAUUUUAAUUAUUUAUUGUCAGGCCAUUGUAUGUGAACGUAUGUGCAAAUUUAUCUGUCAAUUUUUGUAUAAUGCACGUACUUUUACAUAUAUAUAUAUCUAUAUAUAAUAUGUAGAUAUAUAUGUGUGUGUGUGUGGUUGUGGUUCUGUCUAUAUGUAACUUUUUUAGUAAUAAUAUAUAACAGUGUUUCGCUUAAAGAUGCAACUAAUGCAAAAACUGAAUUAUUUCUUAAUAUUUUAUUUUUUGUAUCUGGUUCUUAAUAUUUAUUUAUUGUUAAUAGAUCUAAUUUCUUUAUAUUUUUCACGAAACAUCUUUAUGCAUUUAUUUGUAAUUUGCCUGGUACGUUCUCAUCUAAAGAGAAAUUUAUUUUGUAGGUCUUUUGAUCUAUUUUGUAAUCUCAUUUGUUAAAGCUAUUUUCUGUCAAUGCAAUAUUUUAUAGAUUCUAAUUAUAUAAAAUUAUAUAUAUAUAUAUAUAUAUAUUUCUCAUCAAAUUUUAUUUAAAAUUUUAUUGAAACUCUUUGCAAAAUACUUGUUGGGCAUUAGUAGUGAUAUUUCUGAAAUGUUGUUCAUUACAAAUUGUCCUAAUAUAAAUAACUAUGCCCUACCUCUCAACUGCAAAGAUUGGUGAAUGUUAUUGAUAAUUAUUUAGUGCAAUCAUUUGUUUUUUGAAAGAUUCUACUUGUUCUUUUCUUAAAAGUUUAUUAAAAAUUGCAUUAUAUUUAUUAAAUAAUUUUAAAAUGUG